UUAAAGAAGCAAAGUCAUUGACUGCCUCCUGACAUUAAAUCUUUGAAAAUGAACGAUGAAACAGAGUUCCGAACAUUAGAAGCUAGUACCUCUGCUAACGAACCGAAUAUCAUUGAACCGAGAGGCAUACCCGAUCGAAGGACUAACCCAUUAUCAAAAGCAAUCGGAGCAUUGAAGCAAUUACAAAGCGAAACCAGAGCCAUAGAAGUUGAGUUCUUUGAACACGUAUACCAGCUGGAAAUCGAUUUCCAAAAGGAGCACGACUUAGUUUACCAAAAGAGAUGCGACAUUAUAAAUGGAAAUUGCCAUCCAACAGAAGUCACAGAUGUUCAACUUGACGGUGAGAAACGACAAAGUAAUUCACCGAAAGACUUAGCAGAGGACCGACGAAGUGGUGUGCCGCAUUUUUGGUUAAAUGUGCUCAGAUCAUCAUUACCAGACGUUCAUGAAAAUGAUAUGCCGAUUCUACAGCACCUCACAGAUGUGAGAGUUCGAAACAAACCAAUGUCCGAUUUGGGCUUCAUUUUAGAAUUCCAUUUCGCACCAAAUGAAUUCUUUGAAAAUGCAGUGCUGUGGAAAGAGUACUACUACAACAGCUCCGAUCACAAAAUGAUCCACGAAAUUCCGCUGAUACGGAAAUCUAUUGGCUGCGAAAUCAAAUGGAAACCGGGACAAGCACCUGCGUACAGUUCAUGGUUCGACUUUCUUUCAUCCAGCAAAAUCAUAUCCGAUUCCGACGAGGAUUUCAUGGCAUACAUUUCCGGUAUCCAGAAGGACUUCGAAAUGGGUUAUUUCAUAAAGGAACAUGUUAUUCCGAAAGCGGUGUUAUAUUUGACCGGAGAAGAGAAAAAUUCAUUUACGAUUUGCAAUUAUAAUGCUGGAUAUUGGACACCAGCAACGUCGUCGUCGGAAAGUUCGUCGGAUGAUGAGGAUCCAACUGAACUUGACAAGUGCGCGGGGGAUCAAGAUACAAUCACCGCUGCGGACGAAUCGAAAACAUCAAGUUACCCCGCUGUGAUCAUCGGUAAAUUUUCAAAUUUUCUUUUUCAAACAAAUUUGCAGUCGUUUCUCCUCUCGCCGAAAAUAAAACUCAUUUGGAAAAUGGAACGAAAGACCACAUCAGCCGGCGAUUUCGAAGAAGCAAUUAAAAACUUUUCAAAAGUGUCUCUGGAAGUCGAUUCGUUGAUAAGUGCCGGAAAUGCGGACGCGCACAGGUUGAUGAACAAGUCAAUCGAAAAUCGGCAGGAAGCAAUAGCAAACGAAGCGACCAAGCGCUUAAAAUCGUUUGAAAUGGAACGCAAGACGGCCAAAUCGAAUGAAGCGCUUAAAGCUCACGAUACAAUUGAGCAAUUGCUUUUGGAAGAAGUAAAAAUGGAGUUCGACAGGGGCGUUGAAGAGCAAAGAAUUCGGAUGCGCGGAGACAGUGCGAUUGGCGUUAGUAAAGGCGUUGAGAAUAAGAAAUCGGAAAAUGCUGAUGAUGAUGAUAGUUCAGAGGAAGAGUCGGAAAAUGAAAGUGACGAAGAUACAGACGAUACGGAAACUACAGAAAAGGAAAGUUCAGAUGACGAUGAUGAAGAAGAAGAAGGUAGCUCCAGCUCCGAAGGUGAGGAUACUGACGAUGACGAAAAUGCAGGAGAUGAAGAACCAGCAAACGAAGUUGAUUCAAGCGAACAAUUGGAGAGACAGGAUCAGUUGUAAACAAAAUCAUCAGUCAAAUAAACCAAGUUAACGACAACGGA